CAGUCUCUAACUCUGUGGUGCUGCGGCCGGAGUAAAGCCUGCAAGCUCAGGAAGCAGUUGAGCAGCAUGAGUGUUUCAAUCUGGUUUUAUAAAACGUGCUGCAGGUAUAGAUGAUCUAAACUGAUUAUUAGGUUUAAUAUUUCGAUUGAAGCGAGUAGACUGACAAAGUGAUCAAUCAAACAUGACUGCCAACGAGGAGCAGGAGAUGGAGUUAGAAGCUCUGCGCUCAAUUUACGAAGGAGAUGAUUGCUUCAAAGAGCUGAGUCCCGUCUCCUUCCAGUUUAGGAUAGGAGACCUGAAUGAGCCUAAAUCAUUCCUGCUGGAUGUCUCCUGGCCCGAGACGUAUCCAGAAACUGCACCUCAUGUAUCCUUAGAUGCCUUUUUCAACAACAGAAUCUCUCCAGAGACUAAGCAGUUAAUCAUGUCCAAGCUGCACGAGCAGGUGGAGGCGAACCUGGGCGGUGCCAUGAUGUACACUCUGUUUGAGUGGGCCAAAGAGAACCAGGAGAUGCUGAUGGAGAAUCACCAGCCUGUAGUGUCUGCUGUGACCCUGACUUCUACCAGCGACGCGAACAGUCCAAUCUGCGUCAGUAAGAAAAAGGAGAAGAAAGAACAGCUCACGAAAGCACAGAAAAGGAAAAUGAUAGGACGAACAGAUAACAAAGGAGAACUGCCCAGAGGUUGGAACUGGGUUGAUGUUAUCAAGCAUGUGAGUAUGCUUUAAACAUUUUUUAAAAAAAACAAAACAAAUAUUUAGUAGUGUUGGUGUUUCUUUAUGCUUUCACACCUUGGUUAACGGUCCAACAUGUUUAAUGACUAAUCUCUGUGACAGCUGAGCAAAACAGGAGGAAAAGAAGACGGCUAAAGACACCGCUCCUGAACCUCAUGUAAUAAAGGAGGGACUGAUGAACUGAUGGAGAAGGAAAGUCUGCCGUGAUUUGAUUUUUAAAGGAAGUUGAAAUGAUUUGAAUGAAGCCUCUGUUUUGUUUGGGAUGCUGAGGUACAUGGUAUGAGCAUAAAAUUUCCUCUGGCAAAAUAACACAUACACGUAGAUUCACAAAAGUGACCAUAAACAACGAGCACAUGCUGCGUAAACAACGAGGACGCAAUUCAACGGCUCAUAAAGUGUGUACUGAAAGCAGACUCGGCUCCCAUGUCUUCGCAUUACAGGGCUUUGUUGACAUAGCCCCAGGUUACACCUCUACCAAGCAACUGAUUGAUUUGAUCGAACACUCGGUGUAGAAAAAGGCGAGAUGAAAAUGGAGUGAUGCGGUUUGAUCAGGUGAACAGUUUGUAUUUGUACCAGUUUUUAGCCUGUUUUUCUUGCUUUCUCCUUUCGGUUAUUUAUUGUGCAUAUUUUUUUGACACAAUAUAAAAAUCUUAUGGAAGGUUUAAUACGUGUCUGUACUUAUUUUAUAUAUGAACAGAAAAGAGACCGAUAUCUUGUGUGUUUUAAUAAAAAGGCAAGUUAUGA